AUGAGUCCCAACUUCCAGUGCCUAAUACGAUUCAAGUCGUCAAGCGGAGAUACGUUCUAUGGCGAGCUCGGAACCGAAAUAGACGCUACACGUGACAACCUGAUUGGACUUGGUGUUCCCGUUCUAAGCCCGGUACCAGCAACACCUAUCUUCCAGUGUGUCGUGAUCAAUUACAAGACGCACAUAGGCGAAGUUGGGCUUUCCGCGGGCGACUAUCCUGUAAUAUUCACCAAGUCACCCGAUGCAUUGGCCGGUCCUUAUGACGAGAUCCCGAUCAAUGAUGCAUGUAAGCUGAUAGACUACGAGGCAGAGCCGAGUUUCAUCAUCGGAAAGGACUGCAAGAAUGUCAAGGACCGAGCAGAAGCGCUUUCCUGCAUUCUGGGCUACACGUGCGGCAAUGACGUAUCUUCGCGCUUUUGGCAGAUGCCUGAAGGAUCGGGAAACCAGCAUGGAUCUGCCAAAUUGUUUGAUAAAUUCGCCCCUCUCGGUCCGACGAUCCUGCAUCCUUCGAUGGUGGAUGAGAAGCUGGGACUCCGCAUUCGCACAUUUGUCAACGGUGAAGUGCGACAGGACGCACGUACGACCGACCUUGUGUUUGUUGCAGCGGACAUCAUUUGUCAUCUAACCCGGGGCACUACCUUGCGAAAAGACACGGUGGUUAUGACGGGUACGCCUGGUGGAGUUGCAGCGUUUAUGAAGCCUCCUAAAUGGUCGAGUGAUGGUGACGUUGUCGAAAUCGAUAUUGAGGGUAUAGGACGGAUGAGGAACACAAUGAGGAAGGAUGCGGGAGACAUCCAGGGUAAGUAA